AUUAUCAUCAUGGAGCGUCAUCAGAAACAAAAUCAACUUGAACCAAUCAAUUGCUGUGUACCAGUAUCAACCAUCCAAAGGCCACUGCUGCUGCAAAAACAUAAGAACUUAAACUAAUUCCUUUAACUCCAUUCAAAACAAGAUGAGACAAUUGUAUGUUACCAUAACCUUAUGGUAGCUUUUACUGGUUGCAAUGCUUUGUGCAACUCAUCAUACAUUAUUAUUAUUCUCUAACCCGUGUUGUUUCCUUAAGAAUCGAGUUUCAAAUGGCAGAGGAUUUUCUUCAAAUGAGAGUUGUUUUGUUAGAGGUCACCAAAUGGACAUCAAACAAUAUUUUGGACUUAUAUCAUCCCGUUCUCCACGGAACAAAGCAGGAAGAGUUGUAUCCCCAAGCUGUGUGCUGCCAUUGACAGAAGAGAAUGUGGAGAAGGUUUUGGAUGAGGUUAGACCUGGCUUGAUGGCUGAUGGAGGGAAUGUGGCUUUGCACGAGAUAGAUGGCCUUGUCGUCGUCCUCAAGCUUCAAGGAGCAUGUGGCUCGUGUCCUAGCUCGGCCAUGACAUUAAAGAUGGGAAUUGAGACUCGCCUUCGCGAUAAGAUUCCAGAAAUCAUGGAAGUGGAGCAGAUUGUGGACGCCGAGACUGGCCUCGAGUUAACAGAGCAAAAUGUUGAGAGUGUUCUUUCUGAAAUUAGGCCAUACCUUGUUGGCACUGGGGGAGGAAUAUUAGAGCUUGUUAAGAUCGAUGAUUAUGUUGUCAAAGUUCGGCUAAGUGGACCGGCGGCCGGAGUUAUGACGGUUCGCGUGGCGCUAACGCAAAAGUUGAGAGACAAGAUACCUUCUAUUGGAGCUGUGCAGCUAAUAGACUGAUGUAAGAAACAUACAAGUUCUUGUAUACUUUGAACUUUUGUUACAAGAUCAAAAUGGAACUAAUUCAUACAAA